AUGGGCAAGAUGUGUUGCUUCCAGGGGGGGGAUGAAGAAAAGGGGGUCGACCCCGUGGGCCUGCUGAUCGCCCUCGUCAUCGCGCUGACGCUGAUGGUGCUCUGCUCUGCGCCGCGCCGCAAAUACGUAGUGGCCAUCCGCCACCGCUGCUAG